GCUGUUGAGACUUGAAAAGGAGAAGAAGAGGGGGCAGUGAUGCGGGAAAUACCAUCAAACUCUGAAAAGCUUCUUCAGAGGGCUUUGUUGAUGACGUUACCAAUCAAAUGUUCUGAGCCUCCUCCCUCACAUCCCUACACCUUCUGAUCGAUCCUAAGCAAAAUUACGAAAUACUACCGCUGCUAUUAUGCAAUUCUUUUGUUUUUUUGAUGCAAUUCUUAAGCAGCAGUAGAUUUUUACCUUUUUUUUCUUUCUUGUUUUUAUCAUUAUUGUUGCUCUCUUUGGACUACUGGGGGUCGAUUAGAUUAGAGUGCCAUUGUUCGACCCCCACCAAACAGAAACGGGAGUUGCCACAAUUGUAAAUUCUAAUACGCUAGUGUAUUAUUAGUGAUGAAGGAAAAUUUACUAUAGGUAUAGGUUGGUCUGGUCUCUUGGGAGGCAACAAAUUAGAGUCUCUGCAGAAUCACCAACUUUGAGGUAAGAAAAGUAAUUGAGAAAUUUGUUCGGUUAAAAAGAAUGCGCAAUCCUAACGGGACUGGAAACUCUACUCAAUUAUCCAAAGACGGUGGGUCGAGUCAUUCUCAAUCCAGGCGAGAUAAUUUUGACGUGGAAGAGGGGGAGGGAGUUAAGGCCACGCGAAUGGGCUAUUGUUUUUUAAUCUAAUUAAUUGGACUGACAUAUGUUUCCAGGGCCCAAAAGUGUAAAAUGGGUUGGUUACAUUACAUAUCCUGAAGAAGACCAAAUGGAAGAUGGGGGUGUCGAACUCGGAACUGAAAGAUUGAAUUUUGACAAAUGCAGCCGUGUCGUGGCAUCCUUCAAUCAAAACCACUCAAAAUCCUACGACUCUUCUCCGGAGCACAACAAAAUAUGCAAAAAUCGACCAGCUCUGUCUUCCUGUUUUCUCAUUUCUUCUUCGUCGAUACUCUCUCUCUGCUGCGCGCCCUGCGACGCGAUAGGAGAGAGUCUGUCUGUUUGGCCUCGAAGAUAGAUACGAAUAGGACCCUCCUCAUCAUCAAAAGAUAAUAGAUACAGAGGUCUGCGUUCGUUUCAGAACUACAGUAUAUUAGUCCCACCAUAAAUUGUCAGUUGGGACUUUAUUUUAAUUUAAUUUUGGUAUAUCAAAGCACAGGCGAAGAAGAAGAACACAAAUUCUGCCAAAUCGCUACUUAGCCCUGGGAUGGCAUAUAUCUUGCCCAACCUCUCCCCGACAAUCAUCCACUCCAAGGAAAAAUCACUCCACCCCUCCUCUCCUCCUCUGCUUCUACCCCCACCGCCUCCUAGGCAGGCCUCCUCUCUUUCUGUUCCCACCAAGCAGCAGCUGCAGCACCCCCGCCCCCACCUACUCCUCCACCACCCCACCACCUGUGCCACCGCGACUGCUGCCGUUGCUCUUGCUUCUCCUCAGGAUAAUAAGCAGCAUGAACAUGACCACAGGGAUGAUUUCUUUGUGAACCUGGGUCUGGCUGUGCGUACCCUAAGGGAAGACCUCCCUCUCCUCUUCACCAAAGACCUCAAUUAUGGCAUUUAUAGGGAUGACAUCACAUUCGUGGACCCAUUGAACACCUUCGCUGGGAUUGAAAAGUACAAACUGAUCUUCUGGGCUUUGAGAUUCCACGGCAGAAUCUUGUUUAGGGAGAUUUCACUUCAAGUACUUAGGAUUUGGCAGCCGUCUGAGAAUUUGAUUCUGAUCAGAUGGAACUUGAGGGGUGUUCCUCGGGUCCCCUGGGAGGCCAGGGGGGAAUUCCAGGCCACCUCCAGGUAUAAGCUGGACCGCAACGGUAAAAUCUACGAGCACAAAGUUGAUAACUUGGCAUUCAACUUCCCACAGCCCCUAAAACCUGCGGCUUCUGUGCUCGACCUGGUUGCUUCGUGUCCUACCAGCCCAAAUCCUACAUUUCUCUGGGGACCUGCCGACGUGCAUUCUUCUUCCUGGGUUGAAUUUUACCGAGCCGUCAAGGAGACUUUGGACAGAGAAACAUCGUUGAUUUCUCAAGAUUGCUUAAUUCCUUGUUCAUAGAGAACACGUAUUUCAGGGCAUUAUUACUAUUAGUUAUUGCACGCAAAUGCAAAUGCUAUGCAUUAUUCUAUGCCAGUGUCAGCGUCACUUGGCAGUUCACGAUAACUUCAGCAAAGGAACACGAGUACACACGCACGUAUACCGAUUAUAUACUUUGUAGUUGUGCUGAAGGAUUUCGGCAUUGUUUUGCUAAUAAGAUUCGAAUGGCGGCAUGUAUAGCUUCUGUUAACUGUUGAUUCUAAUAAAGCCUGCCGAUGUCUAUUAUUUUUCUGCUGUUACAA